AAUAUACCAACAUCGUGCUGCCCUUCGUCGCUGCUUCUUUACGCUACAAACUUGGUUGUGGUUAGAACCAUCCCAAUCAACCACUUCCGUGUCAAGACCGACAAGCAAACAGCCAAGAUGAGCGGACAAGGUUACGAUUACAAGAGCUCCGGCACCAACAGCGAGGGCAACCACUACUGCGCGCGUGACUACGGUAGCAGUGCUUCCAACUCCAACUCGUACCACUACUCUAACACUGACGGAUCCUACUACUACUCCAACCCCAACGGCAGCACCUACUACAACGAUGGCAACGGCGGCUCAACCUACACCUCUCCCGGCGGCGAGAGAAGCUCGUCCAGCUAUGGCAGUGGAAGCUCCGGUAGCUCUGGCAAGAAGUAA